AUUUUUCCUUUAUUUUCUUUCUAUCUGUCUUUUUAUGCACUUGGAGUUGGGGGUAUGCGCGUGUCCAACUAUCAAACUACAACUACCUCCUUCCUACCUAUCUACCCUGCACACUCUUUCAAUGCUCUCCUCUCCUCUCCUCUCAUUAGCCGCCCCCAACCCCUCCUUUCUUUUAUAUAAAUCAUCAUAUAUAUAUACUCUUCUUUUCUCUCUUAUAGUAUUCUCUACAACAACAUCACACACAAAAAACAAACAACAUCAUAACAAGACACAAUCCUCAUUUCUCAAAUUACUAGGAACAAAAUCUAAUGGCACCUUCUUUUGACAUAACAAGUCAUACAGUUUGUGUCAUGGAUGCUUCUGGCCAAUUAGGCUUUAGCCUUGUUCAAAGACUCCUUCAAAGAGGUUACACAGUUCAUGCCUCCGUUCAAAAAUAUGAGGAAGAUCUAUUCAAUGGAAUUUCAGUUAAUUCAGAUAAACUCAAGAUUUUUGAAUCAGACCCUUUUGAUUAUCAUAGCAUAAUUGAUGCUCUUAGAGGCUGUUCUGGUUUGUUCUACUCAUUUGAACCUCCUCUUGAUCAACCCAAUUAUGAUGAAUAUAUGGCUGACGUGGAAGUUAGAGCAGCACACAACGUGCUUGAAGCUUGUGCUCAAACAGAAACUAUUGAUAAAGUUGUUUUCACAUCUUCAGCAACUGCUGUUGUUUGGAGGGAGGAUCGUAAAACCAUUGAACCUGAAAUUGAUGAAAUUCAUUGGAGUGAUGUCAAUUUCUGUCGCAAAUUUAAGCUAUGGCAUGGGAUGUCAAAGACAUUAUCAGAGAAAACAGCGUGGGCCUUAGCAAUGGACAGAGGUGUGAAUAUGGUGUCAAUAAACGCUGGACUAUUGAUGACUCAUGAUCUUACCAUCAAACACCCUUACUUGAGAGGUGCUGCUGAAAUGUACGAGGAUGGUGUCUUUGUGACCGUUGAUUUAGGAUUCUUGGUGGAUACCCAUAUUUGUGUAUACGAGGAUGUUUCAUCGUUCGGUCGUUAUUUGUGCUUCAAUCAUAUUAUUAAUACUCAAGACGACGCCGUUCAACUUGCACAAAAAUUAGCUCCUACCGCAUCUUCUUCCUUACCCCAAAGUGAUGAUUAUGGUAAAAUUUUCAUUGAACAAAAAAUAAGCAACAAGAAGGUGAACAAAUUGAUGGUGGACUUUGAGGCUUAACUUCAAUGAUAAAUGGUGGUCUUUUUGGACAGUUAUUAUUAGAGCAAUAACACCUUAGUUGUUCUUCUGCGGGAAAAUCAUAUUCAUAUGUACAAUGUUACAAAAAUUGUGUAUAUGUAUGCCGACAUGUUAUAUACAACAAAUUAAUGUUCUUUCAAUCAAUCAAUUAAUAAAUUAUUUAUUUAUUCUAA